CUUUUCCGUGGAGGCUGCUCCCCUCCCUCUCCUGACUGACAGGGGCCGCUCCGCGGGGGAGGGAGUUGGGCUGAAAUCCAGCGCACCGGAGGGCGCUUUUCCCCAGCAGGGAAAAGGGGAGGCCCUCCUCGGGGACUCCCAGCGCCCCGGCUGUGCGUUGUCCCUCCCCGCAGCCAGGCCUGUCCCGUUUCCUCUGUUGCACUUUGCGGGCUUGGCUUGGUGCCCCCUUUCACCUCCCACGCGGGGUCCCGGCCCGUUCCCUACCCCAGGCCCCAUCCCCGGUCCUCGGGUAGUGUGAUGCUACCCGACUGCCACCGGGGACACCGAGGCACAAAGAAGGCUUGGGCCGCGCCAGAGGUCACCGGCCUGGACUGAGUUACUCGUGGUCGCCCGUCCUCUAGCAAGUGACCGGGAGGUGGCAUUUCCCCGGAGCUGCAGCCCCUGCCUGGGGGGAUGGGCACAACCACGCCAGAUGGACGAGAAGAUCAAGAAAGCUGAGGAGGUGGCCCAGAGACUCACCCGAGCAGUGGCUGGCGGGGAUGAACAGGUGGCUAUGCAGUGUGCCAUAUGGCUGGCAGAGCAACGGGUGCCCCUGAACGUGCAACUGAAGCCUGAGGUCUCCCUGACACAGGAUAUCAGGCUGUGGGUGAGCGUGGAGGAUGCGCAGAUGCACACGGUCACUAUCUGGCUCACGGUGCGGCCUGACAUGACGGUGGCCUCCCUCAAGGACAUGGUGUUCCUGGACUAUGGCUUUCCGCCAACCCUGCAGCAGUGGGUGAUUGGGCAGCGCUUGGCCCGGGACCAGGAGACCCUGCACUCCCACGGGGUGCGGCGGAACGGGGCCAGUGCCUACCUCUACCUGCUGUCAGCCUGCAACACCUCACUCAACCCUCAGGAGCUGCAGCGGGAGCGGCAGCUGCGGAUGCUGGAGGAUCUGGGCUUCAAGGACCUCACGCUGCAGCCACGGGGCCCCCUGGAGCCAGUCCCCACGAAGCCCGGGGGCCCCCAGGAGCCGGGGCAGGGGCAGAACGACACCGCGCCAGAGCCCCUGCCGGUGGGCUGGCAGUGCCCUGGCUGCACCUUCAUCAACAAGCCCACGCGGCCCGGCUGCGAGAUGUGCUGCCGGGCGCGGCCCGAGGCCUACCAGGUCCCCGCCUCGUACCAGCCGGACGAGGAGGAGCGAGCGCGUCUGGCCGGCGAGGAGGAGGCGCUGCGCCAGUACCAGCAGCGGAAGCAGCAGCAGCAGGAGGGGAACUACCUACAGCACGUGCAACUGGAUCAGCGGAGCCUGGUGCUGAACACCGAGCCUACCGAGUGUCCCGUGUGCUACUCGGUGCUGGCGCCCGGCGAGGCCGUGGUGCUGCGUGAGUGUCUGCACACCUUCUGCAGGGAGUGUCUACAGGGCACCAUCCGCAACAGCCAGGAGGCCGAGGUUGCCUGCCCCUUCAUUGACAACACCUAUUCAUGCUCGGGCAAGCUGCUGGAGAGGGAGAUCCGGGCGCUCCUGAGCCCCGAGGAUUACCAGCGAUUUCUGGAGCUGGGCAUCUCCAUUGCGGAAAACCGCAGUGCCUUCAGCUACCACUGCAAGACCCCGGACUGCAAAGGAUGGUGCUUCUUUGAGGAUGACGUCAACGAGUUCACCUGCCCUGUGUGUUUCCACAUCAACUGCCUGCUUUGCAAGGCCAUCCACGAGCAGAUGAACUGCAAGGAGUACCAGGACGACCUGGCCCUGCGGGCUCAGAACGACGUGGCUGCCCGGCAGACGACAGAGAUGCUGAGGACCAUGCUGCAGCAGGGCGAGGCCAUGCACUGCCCACAGUGCCGGAUCGUGGUGCAGAAGAAGGACGGCUGUGACUGGAUCCGCUGCACUGUCUGCCACACCGAGAUCUGCUGGGUCACCAAGGGUCCUCGCUGGGGCCCCGGGGGCCCGGGAGACACCAGCGGGGGCUGCCGCUGCCGGGUGAAUGGGUCUCCUUGCCACCCCAGCUGUCAGAACUGCCACUGAGCUGAGGAUGGCCUGGUCCCCAUGCUGACCCAGCCCCACAUCUGCAAGCUGCUGUGGGACAGGGCUGGUGCUUUGGCUCUGAUUUCUGGCCUGGGAGAUGCCUUUGCGCUUGGCUGAGACAGGGGCCCUGAAGAGGCCAAGGCCCCUGAGCUGUGUGGAUGGACUUGUUUGCUGUGGGCAUUGCAGAGGCCCUGCCUGAGCUGGCCAUUGUCCGUGGCUGUAUCUGCCCCAGUGCCUUUGCCCUUCCCCUGGGGCUUGCCAGCCAGACCUCUCAUCUCUCUGUGGCUCCCAUCUCUGCCUAACCCAGCUUUGAACACAGCCCUGGCCGGACGCCUUGCUGGAUGGAGCCUCUGAGAGCCCCGUGUGAGUCCACACUUCCCUCAUCCACCUCCCUCGUCUGCAGGACGCUGAGCACUCACAGCCUCCCACCUCCCCUGUCGGCUUUCUGGGGGUGACUUUCCUCUGGCUUUGCUGUUGGAGGCCAGGCCUGGGGCUUCUUAGAAUUGCUGCUAAUUCUGCUCAGAGCCAAGAGGGAGACCUGGCAGUUUCUAAAGACAGCCCAGCCGGCCCAGCUUCCGUAUCUCCCUCUUUGCCGCCUGUGUAAACUAAUUAAAAUGGUUUUCCAGGAA